UAACUUUAGUUUACAAGACGUAUUACCGCAACAUGGAAAACUCAAAGUACUACAGCCCCCUUCAUGAAGUCUUAUUCUGUUCGGAAUCGCUGUCCGGUUACACAACAUUGGCUGGGGUGGUGGCGUUCGAUGGAUUGUACGUGCUACUGACGAUGCAUAUGAUCGCGAUGCUCAAGUCACUUAACUUGUUCAUCGGAGAAACGACAAACGAAAACUUCACAGAUCUAGAAAAGCAAUUUUUUCUCCAUGAAUGCAUCGAACAUCAUGCUAGAGCCUUGAAGUUUUUAAAUGACAUCAAUCGGAUUUUUUCGCCAAUUUUAAUUCUUCAAGUCUUUACCAGUACGUCCAUUAUCUGCGUAAUUGCAUUUCACGCCAGUGCCAAUGCGAACGAAGGCGACUCGCAAAUCUUGGUGAUGGUGCUGUACUUGAUCGCUGCAUUUUAUCAAUUGUUCCAAUUCUGCUGGUACGGACAAAGAGUCCAGAAUGAGAGCAUACAGUUACCGAAGUCAGUAUACGAUUGUGAUUGGUACAAGUGUUCGAAAAAGUUCAAAACAACGCUGCACAUAUUCUUUCUGGACGUACAGAAGACGGUGGACAUCAGUGCUUAUAAAUUGAUUGUGAUGUCACUGGAGACGUAUCUGUCGAUUAUCAGAACAGCAGCUUCGUAUUUUACAGCACUUCAAACUCUCACAGAAGAAUAAUGUUGGCGAAAAA